UUUUCAAAAAUAUUUUUUUUUUCUCUGGCUCCCGCUAGGGUGGAGGAAGUUGCCUCUGUUCCGAAUGAGGGUGGAAGGGAGCGGAGGAACAAAUGAUGGGAGUCUCCCCCGCGCUCCUCCCGCGCCCCCUCCCUCCGCCGGGUCAUCUUGGGGGGGCGCGGGGUGGGCUGCCGAGACGGAGGCGGCCAGCAGGUGCCUGGGCUCCGGCCCCUGCCCCUCUCCCCCUCCCCCUUCCCCCGGGGUUGGCCUCGCCCCCUGGCGGGCGAGCGCAGGGUGCCAGGCGCGGGGUGGGGGGCGCGCGUCCGGCAGGCAGCAGGAAAGAGCCGGGGGCCGGGGGUCUGGCCCCCAAUCCUACCGAGAGGCCGGCACCCGCCGCCCGCACCCCAGGACCAUGUCGGCGGCCCGGGCGCCGAGCGGGGCCCCGGGGAGGAGAGCCGGGGGAGGGCGUGUGCAGUGGCGGCGGCGGCCGCGGAGCCGCUAGUCCCCUCCCUCCUGGGGGAGCAGCUGCCGCCGCCGCCACCGUCAGCGCGCGGGCCGCGGCCGGAGCGAGCCGGGCGGGUGGCGCGCGGGGCAGGGCGGGGGCGGGGAGGGGGGUGGGCGCUGGGGCGGGAGGGCGCGGGGGGAGGGUCUCGCGCUCCUGGCUACCAGAGCCCGAGAGGGAGACCCUGGCGGCGGCGGCGGUGGCAGCGGCGGCGGCGCCUGACACUCGGCGUCUCCUGCCGUGCUCCGGAGCGGCAUGUCCGAGGCUGGCGGGGCCGGGCCGGGCGGCGGCGGGGCGGGGGCCGGGCUCGGGGCGCUGCCCCCCCCCCGCCCGCGCCGCCGCAGGGCUCCCCUGGCGCCGCCGUCGCCGCCGCCGGGGGCUCGGGCGCCUGCGGACCGGCGACGGCGGUGGCGGCGGCGGGCACGGCCGAGGGGCCGGGAGGCGGCGGCUCGGCCCGGAUCGCAGUGAAGAAGGCGCAGCUGCGCUCCGCUCCGCGGGCCAAGAAACUGGAGAAACUCGGCGUGUACUCCGCCUGCAAGCCGCUCACGUUUCCCACCUGGAGAAUGUGUCAGAGGAAGAAAUGAACAGACUCCUGGGAAUCGUGUUGGAUGUGGAAUAUCUCUUUACCUGUGUCCACAAGGAAGAAGAUGCAGAUACCAAACAAGUUUAUUUCUACCUAUUCAAGCUCUUGAGAAAGUCUAUUUUACAAAGAGGAAAACCUGUGGUUGAAGGCUCUUUGGAGAAGAAACCCCCAUUUGAGAAACCUAGCAUUGAACAGGGUGUGAAUAACUUUGUACAGUACAAAUUUAGUCACCUGCCAUCCAAAGAAAGGCAAACAAUAGUUGAGUUGGCAAAAAUGUUCCUGAACCGCAUCAACUAUUGGCAUCUGGAGGCUCCAUCUCAACGAAGACUGCGAUCCCCCAACGAUGAUAUUUCUGGAUACAAGGAGAACUAUACAAGGUGGCUGUGUUACUGCAACGUGCCCCAGUUCUGUGACAGUCUGCCUCGGUACGAGACUGCCCAGGUGUUCGGGAGAACCUUGCUCCGCUCUGUCUUCACCGUGAUGAGACGACAGCUCCUGGAACAGGCGAGGCAGGAAAAAGACAAACUGCCACUGGAGAAACGGACUCUAAUCCUCACCCAUUUCCCAAAGUUUCUGUCCAUGUUAGAAGAAGAAGUUUAUAGUCAAAACUCUCCCAUCUGGGAUCAGGAUUUUCUCUCAGCUUCUUCCAGAACCAGCCAGCUAGGAAUCCAAACAGUUAUCAAUCCACCUCCUGUGGCCGGGACAGUUACCUUCAAUUCAAACUCAGCUUCCCUUGAGCAACAGAAUGGAGGGAGCAACAGUCCUUCCUGUAAAGGUGCUUCGGGGCUUGAGGCAAACCCAGGAGAAAAGAGGAAAAUGAACGACUCUCAUGUUUUGGAGGAGGCCAAGAAACCCCGAGUGAUGGGCGAUAUUCCACUGGAAUUAAUCCACGAGGUCAUGUCCACCAUCACGGACCCUGCAGCGAUGCUCGGGCCAGAGACCAAUUUUCUGUCAGCACACUCAGCCAGAGACGAAGCGGCAAGGCUGGAGGAGCGCAGGGGCGUGAUUGAAUUUCACGUAGUGGGCAAUUCCCUGAACCAGAAGCCCAACAAGAAGAUACUGAUUUGGCUGGUGGGGCUGCAGAAUGUGUUUUCCCAUCAGCUGCCCCGGAUGCCAAAGGAGUACAUCACACGGCUUGUCUUUGACCCGAAACACAAAACCCUUGCUUUAAUUAAAGACGGCCGUGUUAUUGGUGGUAUCUGUUUCCGAAUGUUCCCAUCCCAAGGAUUCACAGAGAUUGUUUUCUGCGCUGUAACCUCCAAUGAGCAAGUCAAGGGCUAUGGAACACACCUGAUGAACCAUUUGAAGGAAUAUCACAUAAAACAUGACAUCCUGAACUUUCUCACCUAUGCAGAUGAAUAUGCAAUUGGAUAUUUCAAGAAGCAGGGUUUCUCCAAAGAAAUUAAAAUCCCUAAAACCAAAUACGUUGGCUACAUCAAGGAUUAUGAGGGAGCCACUUUAAUGGGAUGUGAGCUAAAUCCACAGAUCCCAUACACGGAAUUUUCUGUCAUCAUUAAGAAGCAGAAGGAGAUCAUUAAAAAGCUGAUAGAAAGAAAACAAGCCCAGAUUCGGAAAGUCUACCCGGGACUUUCCUGUUUUAAAGAUGGAGUCCUGCAGAUCCCGAUAGAAAGCAUUCCUGGAAUUCGAGAGACAGGCUGGAAACCGAGUGGAAAAGAGAAGAGUAAAGAGCCCAAAGACCCCGACCAGCUUUAUAGCACCCUCAAGAGCAUCCUCCAGCAGGUGAAGAGCCAUCAAAGCGCUUGGCCCUUCAUGGAACCCGUGAAGAGAACAGAAGCUCCGGGAUAUUAUGAAGUUAUAAGGUUCCCCAUGGAUCUGAAAACCAUGAGCGAACGCCUCAAGAAUAGGUACUACGUGUCUAAGAAAUUAUUCAUGGCAGACUUACAGCGCGUCUUUACCAAUUGCAAAGAGUACAACCCCCCUGAGAGUGAAUACUACAAAUGUGCCAAUAUCCUGGAGAAAUUCUUCUUCAGUAAAAUUAAGGAAGCUGGAUUAAUUGACAAGUGAUAUUUUUUUCCCUCUGCUUCUUAGAAACUCAUCAAGCAGUGUGCCUAAAGCAUGGUUUAGUUUUACAAAGAAUUGGACAUAAUGUAUUGAAGAUACUUGUAAUAAUUAGCACUUUCAAAAAACAAACAGAAAACCUCCUCGUAGCUUUUCAGAUAUGUAUUUAAAUUGAAGUCAUAGAACAUUUUUAUUUUAUGGAAUAGAUUUUAAUCUAUUCACUACAAUUAAUGUCAACUUUCUAUGGCAUGUCCAUUAGCUGAAUAUUCAAUAAUAGAUGAUCAGGGGUUUCCUCAAAAUUUGUAUAUGAGGAAAUUGCACAUAGUACCAAGAUUUGGGGGAAUGCAGAAAAUUUUCAGACCAUGAAUGUUUCCCUUUUUUUCUAAUGGAAUGUGAGAGUUUAUUUUUAUUUUAUUCUGAAGGACUUUAAAGGAAGGGAUGCAUGAUAAAAAGCCCGUAAAAGGUGAAAUAUGUGAUGUUUGAAGUCUCAUGGUAGACUUUUUAUAUAUAUUUUUAAAAAACACUCAUCUAGGUGAGGUGCUUUGAGCAGUUCUGAAAAAAAUGCAGUUCCGGAAAGCAACUGCUUUGAUUCCUAAGGAAGAAAUUCUAAAUAGUGCAAACUUUUAUAAGCAUCCGGGUUUUUGAUAAUUCUGUCUACCUACAACAAACUUGUGAGUGCAUAACCACUAUUUUAAUGAUUACUUUCUCUACACGAGUGUGUAAUACUAUAUUUGACUUUGCUUAUGCAGGCCGUAAGUUCCAAAAGGCAAUUUCCUGGGCCACAAAGGCAUCCAUUUGAAAACACUUGAGAUGGAAUCAACAUACUUUAACAAAAAAAGAUGUAUAAUCUAUUUAAUGUAUCAAAUUUAGUGAAUCCUUGUUCUAUUAAAUAAGGAUUUUUUGCCCUUUCUACAAUACACACAACCCCCCUGAUACUGUAUUUAUGAACAUUUUUCCUUUUGCAUCUCCAGAUUAUAUUCAUCGUCGGAGAUGAAUUAAAUUACCACCAAGAUUUGCUCUCAGUAUUUUAAUACCUACGUUGGUAUAUAUACCCAGGGUAAUACUAUCCCACUAAAAUCCAUCAUACAACCUUAUUAACCCGUCUUGGGAUUCCAGCUUAGUGCUUGGAUUUAUUUCCUGAUUAACACUACAUUGAAAAGUGGGACGUCCGCCAUCCCAACUCUGGGAGAACCAACUCAUGUAAAACAAACGAAGGCCACCUUGAUGGUCUCGACACUAAUUUUUAUGAUACAAAUUUAUAAACUGAUUUUUGUAAAGGACUAGGUUUAAAGGUAUAUUUAACUUGAUGUUUUCUAUCAGCAUAAAAGAAUUGAAAUGAUUAUUUGAUAGACAUUAAACACAGUUGCCAGAGAGAAUCUGCAUGAAGGAAAAAACCCUGCAGAUGGCUGUGAAGUUGGAAGGAUUGUUUUUAAUGUGUAAGAUAUAUUCAGAAUGCUCACAACUGAGAAAUGCCUCAACUUUUUAAAGUAUAAGAAACCACCUUGUGUGGCAUCUGGAUUUCUAAUGAAGAAGGAUGAUACAGUUUGGAUUAAGUAACUUGGACUGGUUUUCCACAGUGCUUUGUACUGGAUCUGCCGAAGCAUCUGGCCAGCUUGGUAUCCUGUGAAAGUUUGUUAUUUUCUGGGUAGACAUUCUUAUAGAGUAUUGUCUUUAAAAUCAGAUUGUCUCUUCUAUAUUGAAAGCAUUUUUAUGUUUUCUAAUUUAAAAAUUAAUAUUUUCUUAUAGAUAUUGUGCAAUAAAGCUGAAGUAGGAUGUGUGGUUUUUGCAAAUGCUUUAACAGCGGAUAAAAUUUUACAUUUGUAAAAUUAAUAUAUUGUACUGGUACAAAAUAGUUUUAAAUUAUAUUUUAAAAAGCUCUUAA